GAAAGUCAUACACAUCUGGGAUGGCAUGAGGGUGAUGAUGAUUUCUUCAGAGACGCUUCGGUGUUUCAGCGCGCGCUCCUUCUCACGCUCACGAGCUCAAGAUGCUGUGCACGCGCAUGGCCAGGAGAAGGGAGCGCGCACCAGGGUGAGGAGGAGGAGAAGCAUCGAUGACAUCAACCUUCAUCCUCAUUCUCUCCUCCGAGUCACAGAAUCUCCAGAGGCGCGCGAGUGAGAUGCUUCUCUCGGUUCGGUUCGGACGGGAUCACAGUCCAUUUCCACCGCGAUCAUCUAGCAGAACAUUCACAACCAGCGGAAUAUGAAGCUCGAGUCCUCAUGACACGACACGAUCACGCAGGAAAACCGGAUGAGACUGCUGUGGAUUAUGAAAACCAGGACAUGAAGCUGAAACACAACUAGAAAUAAAGAGCAGAGUAACAGUGUGUGUGUCUGGACGUUGACGAGUGAAGCGGGGUCGAGGGGUCAUGGCUGCUCCCGGCGGUUCUGUUCGAUCCGUGCUGCUCCUCAUCUGCAUCUCUCUGCUGCACGCCUCCUGCGAUGCGUUGUCAGCACCGAGGUUCACGAAGAUUCCCACGGAUCAUAUCGGCGUGUCCGGUGGCGUCGUGUCUUUUGUGUGUCAGGCUGCGGGUGACCCGAAGCCGCUGGUGUUCUGGAAUAAAAAGGGCAAGAAAGUGAAUUCACAGAGAAUUGAGACUAUAGAGUUUGAUGAAGGGGCGGGAGCGGUGCUGCGGAUCCAACCACUCAGAGCGCCACGUGAUGAAAACGUUUAUGAGUGCGUCGCCAAAAACACUGAGGGUGAAAUCGCCGUCACCUCCAAACUGUCCAUCAUCAGAGAGGACUUGUUGCCGCUUGGUUUCCCGAGCAUCGACAUGGGUCCACAGCUGAAGGUGGUGGAGAGAACUCGAACGGCGACCAUGCUGUGUGCGGCCAGUGGAAUCCCGGAUCCAGAGAUCUCCUGGUUUAAAGACUUCCUGCCCAUCGAGCCGGCGCUCAGUCAAGGGCGAAUCAAACAGCUGCGAUCAGGUGCUCUUCAGAUCGAGCGCAGUGAAGAGACGGAUCAGGGGAAGUACGAGUGCGUGGCGUCUAACUCUCAGGGCGUGCGCUACUCGUCCCCUGCCAACUUAUACGUGAGAGAGCUGCGAGAAGUUCGGCGUGUUCCUCCUCGCUUCACCAUCCUGCCCACGAGUCACGAGAUCAUGCCAGGUGGCAGCCUGAACAUCACCUGUGUGGCGGUCGGGUCGCCCAUGCCCUACGUGAAGUGGAUGCUCAAUUCUGAGGAUCUAACGCCUGAGGACGAGAUGCCCGUCGGACGAAACGUUCUAGAACUGAACGGCAUCCGCGAGUCAGCCAACUACACCUGCAUGGCCAUGAGCAGCCUGGGCAUUAUCGAAGCAGUGGCACAAGUGAUCGUUAAAUCAUUACCCAGAGCUCCUGGUACCCCCAUCGUCACGGAGACGACCCCUACCAGUGUCACCAUCACCUGGGACUCUGGUAACCCUGACCCCGUGUCCUAUUACAUCAUCCAGUAUCGUGCCAAAUCGCCAGACAGCAAGUACGAGACGGUGGACUCGAUCACCACAACGCGCUACAGCAUCGGCGGUCUGUAUCCCAACACGGAGUACGAGAUCCGUGUUUCCGCCGUCAACACCAUCGGACAGGGUCCGCCCAGCAACAAGGUGGAAGCUCGAACUGGUGAACAGGCCCCCGCCAGCCCGCCACGAAACAUCCAGGCACGCAUCAUAUCCCAGAACGCCGUGAUGGUGCGCUGGGACGAGCCGGAGGAGCCCAACGGUUUGAUCAAAGGAUAUCGAGUUUAUUACACCAUGGAUCCGUCACAGCCAAUGAGCAACUGGCAGAUCCACAACGUCCAGGACAGUGUCAUAACCACCAUCCACAGUUUAGUGCCAUCUGAGACAUAUACCAUACGUGUGCUGGCGUUCACGUCGGUGGGAGACGGACCGUUCUCUGAUCCCGUUCAUGUCAAAGUGAGACCUGGAGUUCCCGGACAGCCAGGGAAGUUUCAGGUGGGUAAAGUGACUGACACGAGUGUUGAGUUGACCUGGGAACCUGCGUACUCCAAAGAACCAGUCAAGAGUUAUGAACUCAUCUAUAAAGCUCCAGAGCUCAGUAUUCAGGAGAAGAAGAAUUUCGAGCCGAGAUCGUCGUACGUGGUGGAGGGUCUCCGUGCCAACACUGAAUACAGCUUCUCUCUGGCCGCCAUUUCCAACAAAGGCAUCGGCGCGUUCACCAAUGAGAUCAUCCAGCGCACCGCACAAGCCAAGCCCACGGCGCCUCCACGCGAGGUCCGCUGUGUCAGCGCGAGCUCCACCUCGCUGUCGGUAAGUUGGGCUCCGCCCCCGGAGGAGCGGCUGAACGGCGAGCUGCUCGGUUACGAGUUGCGUUACGAGGUCUCCGGUGGUGACGGGUUUGACUCAGCACAGAUGAUGCGUUUGCAGUCUGGCGCGGGACAGGCACUGCUGAAGGGCCUGCGGCGGUGGAGUGUGUACCGCAUCACUGUAGCGGCACUGACGGCACGGGGCGGCGGACCCGAGAGCUCACCUGUGGAGUGCAGGACGGAUGAGGACGUUCCAGGAGCUCCGCCCACACAGGUGGAGGUUCAGCCACUCAAUGGCACCUCCGUCAAAGUGUCAUGGCACUCUGUGAUGCCAAGGCAACAGAACGGGCAGAUUCGCGGUUACCAGGUGCACUAUGCUCGCAUGGAGAACGGGGAGUCACGAGGUCAGCCGCAAAUCAAAGACGUCAUGCUGGACGACACUCAGAGAGAACUGGAUGAGACGGCCGAAUAUGAGACGAUCAUUGAAGAGCUACAGCCUGAGACGUUGUACUCCAUUAGUGUGGCGGCGUACACCAUUAAAGGUGACGGAGCUCGAAGCGUUGCUCAGCUGGUGCGGACGCCUGUAGCAUUACCUGCUCGUCCAUCUCUGUCUGUCCGGCUGGUUAACGACACGUCCGCUACAGUGUCCUGGACACCUCAACAAUUGUCAAACCCGCUGCUACAGAUCCUGGGCUUUCGCCUGACGUAUGGCCUUAAAAACGACACCCCGUCUUUCUCUGUGGAAGUCAAACCUGAAGAUCAUGAAUACAGUGUGAGCGACCUGCGUCCAGGCGCGGUUUACUCAUUCCUCCUGGCCGCUAGAGGGCACUCCGGUUAUGGCGAAGCAGGUCAAGAGGAUCUCACAGUCCCUGAGGUCCAUCCUAAUGGUUUUCCGCAGCUCUCGGAUCAGGUGAACGCCACCUGCUACUCGCUGCAGUUCACCUGGCGUCCGGCAAACCCCUCGCAACAAAACGCUAUUAUAACGGGAUACGCACUUGAGUACGGCGAAGCAGGCGGUAUUGAACCAUGGACGCUGAUGUUACCGUUCGAUGUGUUCAGCUACACCAUACACGGCUUGAGCCCAGACCGGGCGUACGCUGUGAGAUUGUGUGCUCAUAUCAGCACCGGGGCCAGGCCGUGUAGUCCGCAGGUGUUGUACCGCACGAAGGCCUUUGAAACAGAUGUCCCGAGAAAUUUCUCUGUGAAUUUGGCGACUAAGACGAGUGUGUUGCUGACGUGGGAGUUUCCAGAGAGCAGCGCCCCCUAUCGCUUCACUGUGGAGUAUAACAGACAGAAGAUGGAGGUUGACGCUCGUUUGAGGAAGGCCGUGAUUCCAAACCUGCAGCCGGACACCAGCUACGACUUCAAGAUCACCAGUCCUGAGGGGAACAUGGGUGGCCUGAGACAUCGAAUACACGCCAAGACGUCCCCCCCGAUCCUCAUCCGCCGGCCGGAGGUCGACCACACACGAGAGACCGAAGCGACCGUUACGAUCAUACUGCCGUCACUGGACACCCGCAGCAACAUCAGGAACAUCUAUGUGGUGGUGGUUCCUCUGAAGAGAGCUCGAGGGGUCAUACGACACCUGAAGAGUCCAGACGAGAUGGACCUGGAGGAGCUGUUGAAGGACAUCAGUCAGAAACAGAAAGAUCCUCGACAGCGUCAGGUGGACCUGCGGAGGGCUUACAUCACUGCCCGCUUCACGCCUGCCACACUGCCCGCCUUCUUCACCCUCGGAGACCAGCUGGACUACGGCGGCUUUGAGAACCGCGUGCUGGAGCCGGGUCAGGAGUAUGUGUUCUUUAUACUGGCAGAACUCAACUCAACCACUGGGAAGAUGUUUGUGGCCAGUCCGUACACUGACCCUGUGAUCGCGCCGGACUCGGACCCUCAGCCUCUGGAUGCUGGUGACGGACUCAUCUGGGUGGUCGGUCCCGUCCUCGCGGUGGUCUUCAUCAUCUGCAUCGUCAUCGCCAUUCUGCUCUACAAGAAUAAGCGGAAGGACUCUGAGCCGGGCACCAAGUGUUUGCUGAAUAACGCUGAGAUGAUGGCACAUCACCCGACCGACCCCGUUGAGAUGAGACGAAUCAACUUCCAGACACCAGGUAUGAUGAGUCACCCCCCCAUCCCCAUCACAGAUCUGCCUGAACACACAGACAGAUUGAAGGCCAACGACAACCUGCACCUGUCGCAGGAGUAUGAGUCGAUUGAUCCAGGGCAGCAGUUCACAUGGGAACAUUCAAACCUCGAGGUGAACAAACCAAAGAACCGAUAUGCCAACGUGAUCGCAUAUGACCACACACGUGUGAUCCUCUCGCCGAUAGACGGCAUUAUGGGUAGUGACUACAUCAAUGCAAACUACAUUGAUGGCUACAGGAAGCAGAACGCGUAUAUCGCCACACAGGGGCCGCUGCCCGAGACUUUCGGUGAUUUCUGGCGGAUGGUUUGGGAGCAGAGAGCCACUUCUGUCGUCAUGAUGACUAAACUAGAGGAGAAAUCACGGAUCAAGUGUGACCAGUACUGGCCCAGUCGCGGUACAGACACAUACGGGACGGUUCAGGUGUCUCUGUUGGACACGAUGGAGCUCGCCACGUUUUGUGUGCGAACCUUCUCGCUGCAUAAGAGCGGCUCCAAUGAGAGAAGAGAGGUGCGACAGUUCCAGUUCACAGCGUGGCCGGAUCACGGCGUUCCCGAAUAUCCCACUCCAUUCCUCGCCUUCCUCCGUAGAGUGAAAGCGUGCAACCCGCCAGACGCCGGACCCGUCGUCGUCCACUGCAGUGCGGGUGUGGGACGCACCGGCUGCUUUAUCGUUAUCGACGCCAUGCUGGAGCGCAUCCGUCAUGAGCAUACGGUGGACGUGUAUGGUCACGUGACUCUGAUGCGUUCUCAGAGGAACUAUAUGGUUCAGACAGAAGAUCAGUACAGCUUCAUUCACGAGGCGCUGCUGGAGGCCGUGGCGUGCGGGAACACCGAGAUCGCAGCUCGCAGUCUCUAUUCUUACAUCCAGAAACUCUCGCAGGUGGAAGUGGGAGAUCACGUGACCGGAAUGGAGCUGGAGUUCAAGUGUUUGGCUAACACUAAAGCACACACCUCGCGGUUUGUGAGCGCUAAUCUGCCCUGCAACAAGUUCAAGAACCGUCUGGUGAACAUCAUGCCGUAUGAGACCACCCGUGUGUGUCUACAGCCAAUCAGAGGCCUCGAAGGCUCGGACUACAUCAACGCCAGCUUCAUAGAUGGAUACAGGCAGCAGAGGGCUUAUAUUGCAACACAGGGGCCGUUAGCCGAGACCACGGAAGAUUUCUGGCGGAUGCUUUGGGAACACAACUCCACCAUCGUCGUCAUGUUGACCAAACUGCGUGAGAUGGGGCGGGAGAAGUGUCAUCAGUACUGGCCCGCAGAACGCUCGGCGAGAUACCAGUACUUUGUGGUCGACCCGAUGGCAGAAUACAACAUGCCACAGUACAUACUGAGAGAGUUUAAAGUCACUGAUGCCAGGGACGGACAGUCGAGAACCGUCAGACAGUUCCAGUUCACUGAUUGGCCAGAACAAGGAGUUCCAAAGUCAGGAGAAGGAUUCAUUGAUUUCAUUGGUCAGGUGCACAAAACCAAGGAGCAGUUUGGUCAGGAUGGACCAAUCACAGUCCACUGCAGUGCGGGUGUGGGCAGGACGGGUGUGUUCAUCACUCUCAGUAUAGUUCUGGAGCGGAUGCGUUAUGAGGGUGCAGUCGACAUCUUCCAGACAGUGAAAAUGCUGCGCACACAGCGACCGGCGAUGGUUCAGACUGAGGAUGAGUAUCAGUUCUGUUAUCAGGCCGGUCUGGAGUAUCUGGGGAGUUUUGAUCACUAUGCAACAUAAGAAGACGAGAAACAUCUGGACACCUCGAUCCCCCUCAACCGUCUGCAAACACACUACAAACACUUGCUGGAGACCCAAACGAGCAACAAAACACAUUAUACCACAGGAAAUACAAUGACAUCACUCAUGAAGAAAAAAGACAGCGACACAGAACGGACGUUGUCUCGGGAUGUGUGAGGGGGAGUUCUGCAUCAAACUAUUACCUCAGUGGUCAAAUAUUGAUAUUUAUGUCGUGGGGGGCUUUUUAGAGAUAUUAAACUGUGGAUGAAGCUCUUCUUCAUAACAAGAGGAAAAAAUAUUACAUGUACAAAAUCUAUUUAAAAAAACAACAACAACGACAAAAAACAAAAAAAAACCGAUGAAAUCAAAAGCCUGGAAAUUUGCUGCACCCUUAAUGGGAGUUUUUCUUCAAACUGUAUUUGCCAACGUCGUCUGUGCCCUGCCUGAAGUCUCGUUGCCAUCUGAAAGCGGAACAGAUCUUUACCUUCUGUGCCUAACGGAGCGACCGCAGAACCGUCUGUGCUUCAGAGGAAACAUCUCGGCAUCAUGGACUGAUCUUACGGUAUCCCAAGAAAAGCCGGCAGAACUCGUGUGAAUACUGUAUUUUCAUGGUGUCUCUCUACAUGAAUAUAUGCUGCUUAUACCGAGUUUUGAACAGCUUGAAUCUGUAUCAUAUUCUUUUUCUCUGUGGCAUCAUGUACGUGAAAGGCUCGUCAGUUAGUGCACUGUUUAAUAUAGCCCACUGAAAACAUCAACGAUUCGGCUCAUAAUGAAACAGUUGAUAGAAUCUGUACAGACACACAUUAUGAGGUGGAAUUAUGGGUCACAGUGAGUUGAACUCAGAUGGUCAAACGUUGGACAGAUUUUUCGUAUCUGAAGAUUUGAAGUCUAAAUCGUCCUUAACAAAGCUCCAAAAGAUCAUUUCUGCUCAUCUCCGUCGAACUCUUCCCGUCCGUCAUGUUUAGUUUAGUGAAGGCGUGAUGUUUACGAGUAGCACAGUUAGAUUCAGAAACGAGAUGGAUUGGAGAUCUCCAUCAGACUUCGAGUGAGCCUUAUUGUUGUUGUUAAAUAUUUAAUCCAGCUGAUUUUUUUUUAUUUAAUUUUGUUAAUAAUAUGCUUGAGUUUUUAAGGAUCUCUUCAUUUCUAUGAUUUUUAUUGCGUUAUAAUCGGUGAGCCGUGGUGUAGUUGAGCAGCUAACGUGACUGUACAUGGCUGAGAUGUACAGUGUUGUGUUUGUAUCCCUCUCAGAUAUUUUCAUAUUUCCUGUGCGCUGAUGAUAGUUCUAGAGGAAGAGAACGACACGAACGCCCAAACCCUUGCAAAACAGCUCGGACACAUUCCCAUGAGAGCGUUUGGUGUGAAAUAUCACUCCCAUCAUCCUUUGCUCAUUAAUGAUCCUGUAAAAUCCACCAGUUCUCGCAGAAUCGCACACAAAACAAAUUAUGAACGUGAAAGGAAAAUUCCAGGUUCAAUACAAGUGAAUCUCAAUCGACAGCAUUUGUG